UCGUAAAUCCAAUAAUAAUAACAUACAAAAUUAUCAAGAUUUAACAAAUUAAAAAAAUACUUUAUACAUCAGAGGCACUUUAUAAGUAAUGAGCCAUUACGUUAUUGAUUCGGGUCGCUCUUUUUUGAGUAUUUAUGGAUAUAUAACCAUAAUUGAGAGCAUCAUAAUACAAACGCAGGAAUUUAACAUUGCCGAACAACAAUAAAUCUCGCCGACUCGGAAACAUUCCAUUGCAUAACGGAAAAAACAGACGGUCCAGUGUCCUGUUGUUUGUUUUGACCGGCAUUAUUUUGGUUUUCCCUCUCUUCGCACUUCGUUCAUUGAAGGGUAAUCACUUCUUCGCUUUCCUUGUCCUGCAAUGACAUCACCGUUGCGCGAUUCAAUGAACGCGAGUGAGACAGCGCUAGUUAGUCAUCGAAAAGAACUUCGCCCGUGAAGUCGUAGCCGCUAUUUUCACAACAGGCAACUGCGCUGCAGAGUGGUUAAAGUAUCUAUGAAAGGUCGUGAGCUGUGUUUGCGAGUGUGUUAUAUUUUCAUUGCUUUGCAAUGGAUGCCCCAUUAAGAGAGCAAGUUAUGAUAAACCAAUUCGUUUUGGCUGCGGGAUGUGCCAGGGAACAGGCGAAGCAGAUUUUACAGUCGGCUCACUGGCAAUUUGAGACUGCGUUAAGUAUAUUUUUUCAAGAUGCCGCCUUACCCAAUUGUCCACAUGCAAAUCACUUUGGCCAGGUAAUGACUCCCUGCAACACACCCGCCACACCGCCAAACUUUCCAGACACAUUAUUGGCUUUUUCUAAGCUAUCGGCAGGUAGUUCUCCUUCAGCAGGGCAAAACAUAUUGGCUGGGGGUCCCGGGCCACAACUUCAACCUGCCCAGCAACAACCACAGGCCCAGCCGCAACGAUAAUGUAGGUAUCCAAAGUAGUUAUCAAGAGGGAAAAUUCAGUGGCUGUUUCAGCUGAAUUGGACUAUUUUUAAUUGUAUAAAUUCUACCAAUGACCCUCCAGUUUUUAGACAAAUUUGUUGAAAUUUUUUUUUUAGUUUUUUUAUUAGCACCAAUGACUUGGUGUAGUUUAUUAUCAGUUGGUUUCUGUUGUUGAUCAAUUGGAGAGUUUGUAAAUUGUUGAAAGGAUAUUUGUAAUUCAUUUUGAUUUGGCCUUUUCUGGGAGGAAAUAGAUUGGGUUGCAGGCAAAAAACAAUGCAAUAUAUUUUUUUUACACCAAAUUCCUUGAUCAGUAAUAUCCACGUUUUUAUAUGUGUGAAAUUCGUCCAAUGGCGUAAUUUUAUAACAAGUAAUAGUCUGUGGCAAGAUAUAUAUCAAUAAGGUAGAAUUACUCAUUGUUACCUGCUAUAAAUGAUCAUUGAUAUCACUAAGUGGAAAGAAAAUUCUUCAUUUGGUUUCCAAGCAACUCGUUAUCUAAAUAGUUUCAGUGUGCACUGAGUGGUUUUUCUCUUUUAAUCAAUUCUGUCAUAAUACAUAAUAAAUUAAUGAUACAUUUCGGGUCAUAAUGCUAGAAACCACUAGUGAACUAUAGAUCAACUAUUUAUCAUUCUCUCUUCUCGAUGUAAUUAAAGAUUAAUCCUUAUGAUUACCACAAAAGUUUUUAAUAUAUUUUUUCUCAUUUCUGAGCAGUCUUAAGUUGAUUUUCGACUGAUUAAUAGGGUUAAUAGUACUUUGUGGCGGACACGUUGUUUUUGCCAUUGCCUAGAAUUCUGUAUGGUUUAUUUUUUCUUGCAAGCUUAAAGUAUGUUUAUUUAUUUGUUUCUAAAGACAGGACAAGUUCCAAUAGUUUAAUGCUCAAACGAGGGGUGCAAAAUCUCUUGUGAUAAUCUGGGGAAUUAUUUGAAAGUUAUCUGUUAUAAAUAAACCUGUAACUUUUUGAAAGUAAUAAUUAUUAUAAGAUGCAUUACAUUGGCUAUUUUUUAGUCAAGCAAAUAAAAACGGCAGAAACUUUUGUAAGGUGCUCACGCCUGGUCGAAUUUUUGUAUGUUCACAAGGAAAGAAACUUUAUUUGUAUAUAUUAGUUUUUAAGUAUCAAAAGUUCAAGCUUUUAAUCCUACUCUUUCUGUAAUUCAUAAAAUAAAAGUUCCAAAAUAAUGUGCAUUAAUGUUUUUGUUACACG